AUGAACAAAAUUAUUACACAAGGAUUCGGGUUUCAUUUAAUUUCUGUUUCUCUCGUGGGACUUACCAUAAACGCCUACAUGUUUCAAAAUCUAUUAAAUUUUCCAAAAUCCAGUUAUUAUAUUUUGUGUUGCUCUAAAACAGUUUCGAAUUGUUUGAGCCUUCUAGUCUAUCUUAGUUAUUCAGGACCAACGAAUUUUUUCUACACUCAAAUUGGAUCUUGCACAUUGAAUUCUUAUUUAAACCAAUCUCAAUACGGAUUGAUGCUGUUAGAAAAGUGCCGAGUUUCAUUUAUCUUCCCACAUGUUCCUUGUCUCAACAGUUCAGACUGCAACGACCAGAUGAUAUUUUACUUUGCUUUCUCUCUGUUUGCUCUAGCUGUUACUACUAACUUCUUGAAUAUCUUAAUUGCAGCUAAACUGUUCUGUAUGUCGGAUUGGAUAUAUGUUCUUGAUUUCAUCAACAAUUAUUGUGCGAGUCAGUACUGUAGUGAAGAUUUGUGUUUAACUGUGAUUACUAUGGGGGUUGAUGUGUUGAUUUAUACAGCGGAUGGGUAA